AUGAUAUGGUACAGUGCUUGUAGCGCCAGUUAUUCAGAACUAUGAUAAACAAUCUCGAAAGAAGCAUAACAUCUUGUGCGAUUUAUAGAAUAGUAAUUUUUGAGUGAAGUUAUUGACUUGUGUCGGGUUAUAGGGUGUCGAUAAGUAUCAUACAUAAAGAAAUAAAUUUUAGUAAAUAAUUGAAAUGGGUAGCACAGAUAAAGCUGUGAUCACGGGUUUUAUAUGUAGACUUUGCAGCAAAAUGAACCGUUUCGUGAUCCACAUAUACGGUGAAGAGGGUGAAAGAAUGAAACUUGCUGAAAAAAUAAAUGCUUAUCUUCCAAUUACGGUAAACAUGAAUGACCCAUUACCUAAAACAGCAUGUCUACAUUGUAUCGAACGACUAGAAGCUCAUCAUGAAUUAAUGGGACAAUUUUUGUUAGCUAAACGAAGAUUAACAAAAUCAUCAACAGUUGCAUCAACUUCAACACAAACUGUUGAUACUGCGCCAACAUCUAGUUCACCUCCAUGUUGACAUAUAGAAUUAAAAGCAUAUCUUUACGCUCAAUAUUAUUAAACAUUUUCUGUAUCUUA